ACACACUCUUCGUUACACUCCUCCAAAUUCGUCUCUCUCUCUCUCUUUGAUUCUGAUUCACAAUCGUUGCAAAUGUCGAAGAACGGAGUUCGUAGCUGUUUAGGAUCCAUGGAAGAUAUCCGCCAAGUUUUCCAGCGAUUCGAUAAGAACGGAGACGGAAAAAUCUCCGUCGACGAGCUCAAAGAAGUGAUCCGUGCGCUUAGCCCCACCGCGUCGCCGGAAGAAACAGUGACGAUGAUGAAACAGUUCGAUCUCGACGGAAAUGGAUUUAUCGACAUGGACGAAUUCGUCGCUCUUUUCCAGAUCGGAGUUAAUCAAGGAGGAGGAAACAACAAUAACGAUUUCAGAGAUCUGAAGGAAGCGUUUGAGAUAUACGAUCUGGAUGGUAACGGACGGAUCUCGGCGAAGGAGCUUCAAUCUGUGAUGAAGAAUCUCGGUGAGAAGUGUUCUGUUCAGGAUUGCAGGAAGAUGAUUAGCAAAGUUGAUAGUGAUGGUGAUGGUUGCGUUAAUUUCGAAGAGUUUAAAAAGAUGAUGAACAACGGCGGAGCUUGAAUUUUCCGGCCGACGGUGACGGUGAGGAAGGAUUGUUAUUAGGGAUUGAUUUCCGAGGUUUUUGUAUAAAGGAAGAAGCUAGAAAGUUCGAUUUUAAUCUUGUGGGUUAGUGACGGAAAUUAGAAAUUAAAGGCAAAUCCUCUACAUGAUUCAGAAGUUUCCAACAUAGUCUUUCAUUUUUUUUAUGGUUUCGUUUCUGGUGAUGAUCAUUGAUUAACUACUAAAAUUGUUCUAUAUUUUACAUUCACAUACGAGUUUUUAAUAUGCUGAGAAGUUUAUUUGAAUAAAACUCAAAUCUAAAA